CCGACAUGUAAAGUUAUAUUUCCGGUUUGCGGUGUGAUCGAAGGAAGAACUUUGGUGAAAUUUAAUAUGACUGUGCCUCCAGGAAAGACCCCGAUUAGCUUCCUCCAAGAAUUAUGUACCAAAAGGGGGAUAACUCCACAGUACGACCUAAUAGCCAAUGAGGGCGCUGUUCAUGAACCAACCUUCUUGAUGAGGGUGACAGUGGGUGAUGUCGUUGCCACAGGAAAAGAAGGUUCCAGCAAGAAGAAAGCCAAACAUGCAGCUGCCCAGACUGCCCUCAACCAGAUUCUUGGUGUGUCCAAUGGCCAGGCACCAGAAGAAAAUGAUGUCUCUGACUCUGGAGAGGACCUUGGUCCGGGGAAUCCAAUCGGGGAACUUCAGGAGUUCACACAGAAGAAACUGAUCAAACCACCAGUUUAUGAGUUCACUAGUGAGCAGGGACCACCACAUGCUCGCGAGUUUGUUUGUCUUGUCAAGCUUGGGAAAUUCCAGGAAAGAGGUACGGGGAGAUCAAAGAAAACAGCCAAGCGUAAUGCAGCUCAGGCAAUGAUGCAGCAUAUCAAGACCCUAACAACAGAUGGGGAGCAGCCCGCCACCAUCGAGGACUCCGAGGAGGAGGAUGAAAUACCACUGACCUUCGAGCCGAAGUCGUCGUACACAGCCCUGAAGGAGGGCAAGAAGAAGCUGCCUGUCACCACGCCGCAGCAGGCGAUGGAGAUACAGAAGUUCUAUGAGAAAAUAAUGAAAUCAGGGGGCAAACAAAUCAAAGAUCUGCAGGGUAAAUCUCUCAACGCACCCUCCACCAACUUCUGUCAGAUGCUACAGGAGAUUGCUGAGGUCCAGCGCUUUGAAGUCCAGUAUUUUGAUAUAAAAGAGAUUAGUGUAUCAGGGCUACACCAGUGUCUUGUCCAGCUGUCCACAAUGCCAGUAGCGGUCUGCCACGGCUCCGGACCGACACUAGAUGAAGCUCAUGCUAAUGCGGCCCACAAUGCACUGCAGUACCUAAAGAUAAUGACAAAGUCGUAACCAUGGACCCCAGGAAAUAACAUAGCCUCACUUUAUUAAGUAGAAUUUGGAGGACUGUUGUAGUAACUUAUAAACAAGUUUUUGUGAUCAGGCCAAAUACAAAUAUUUGAAUUUGAUGAAGCACUGAUUCUACAAUUUGAACUCUGUGUAUAGUAGGGGUGAGACGAUACACCGAUGCAUCGGGAGUUUCAUGUGGGGAUAUCAUACAUGAUAUUUUUUUUCAUAUUGAUACAAGAUGAUACAAUUGUUAGAAUAUCUUUUUUGCUACUCGUUUUAUGACCCCCAGCGAUUUUGUCAGUGAAAUAUUGCAAAAAUGUGUUGUAAUUAGCGUUUCAAGUUCAAUACUAAACAUGGCCGCUACGAACAUGUAUCUACAGCUAGCUUUUCCUUUUGAACCUGCUCUGGUAUAUUUAUUGUCGCUAAGUUUCCAUUCGAUUUGACGUAAAUAUGCGUAUCACGACCUUUGUAUUGUAUCGUUACCUUGCUGUAUCGUUUCACCCUUAGUGUAUAGGGCUUUGUGUGUAGGGCUCCAUGUAUAGGGCACCUUGGGGAUGCCAGGUUAGACAAGGCAACCGAUACUGCUUAGAAGAGGUGAUUAAAGGUGUAAGGCUCAGUGACUGUUGAUAGUGUGUCAGUGUACACAGACAGUGUUGCUUGUUGCACAUAUCAAUCACCAGAUUGUCUGGUCCAGUCUGGAUGAUUUACAGGAGGCACGGGUGGCCCAGUCGUCUAAGGCGCUGCGAUUCGCUGUGCAGAGUUGCGUCCCUUGGGCACGCCAGAAACCUAUGAUUGU